AUGCCUGCCUCGUCAAGCCACCCUCGCGCCAUCGACAGAUUCUGCCUCCCCCCAGGAUCCCCCGCCGCAUCUCCGUCGUCCAUCUCCUUCUCGCCCUCGACCACGCUCAAUUCGCCGCUCGGCCUCGACCCGACCCCAUUGCGCAAGACGUCCUUCGCCGAAGGCUCCUAUGAUGGGCACAGCCCAGCGUCGGACAACGGCGCCCUCGUUCACGCCAGUCCGCGACAGGAGAGGCACAGGAAGAAUGAGGACAAGUGGAAGAGGACGGUCACGAUCGUGUUUUGGCAUACACCCAAUGCAAAUCCAUGGAUCUUCCGCACUCAAGUUGAAACAUUUCCUCUACUAUCCCUGGCCGACGUCGACCCCUUUCUUUCCACGUUUGAGAUGACCGCUACCGAUUACAUCGACGCUUACAAUUCAGCGGCGCAGACUUGGGAGAUCGAGCAAGUGAGUGCCGUACGCACCGUCCAGAGUGAAGAGAGGAGGUUGUAUCGUGUCCGGCGGAACAUGCGCACCGGACUAGAAGACUCGGAAUGCCCUACACUGGACAAAGAACUGGCGUCGCAAGAAGAGUUCAAGGAUCAGGUCGCGCAACUGGCGAUGCACCGUCCGAACAUGCCUAAGAACCCGAAGAAGAGGUCGCUGGAUUCGAGUGGAGGCCAACAGUCUCCCAAAGUCCGAAGACCUUCAUCUUCCGUAGGCUUUGACUCUUCAUUUGAUCCCACUUCGCCCAAGUCAUCGCAGUCGGGAGAUGCCAACGACACCCCGUUAUUCGUCGAGCUGGUUGACAAUGUCAACGCGGUCUUCGGCUCCCCAUGCGAAUCUACGCCCGUGGCUUCGUCUCCUGGAUUUCUUCACGCAUCUCUUCUCGACAACCAGGAUAUCCCUCAGGCUCCAUCGGAAGCACAAUAUACCCCCAGGACCCCCAUCAACAUGAAUCCGUCUCAUCAUGGCUCUUUUCUCCUCCAGCCCCCUAGUAUAUCGGUCAGCGCACCGCCGCCACCGCCCGCGACAUCUUCCGAACUCUCUCGCGCUUUUGCAGUCCCAGAAUCCCCGGUCCCCGCCCAACAGAACCAUCAGCUCACGAACAGUCCCUCACGUUUGAAUUACCCACCCUUACUGCAACACUCGCCCCUCCCUGCGCACUCGCCCCUUCGGUCACCCCUGGAACCCCAUCCCUCGACCUCUCAAUGCCCCACACCCUUCACCCAGCCUCUCGAGAUCCUACCACCUCCCACCGCCCCCGACUCGCCCUUAUCCCCGCCAUUCGCCGCCGACUCUCCCGACGAAUCCUUGCAGAAGGGCAGCGUCGGCCCCAGCGCGUCAUCGUCCACGCAGCCCUCGCGAGGCAAGCCGUGGCCGUACGGCAAGUCCCUGCACGAGGUCGACGCCGGCUUCGCGCAGAUGCGGCAGCUCAUGCAGCGCGAGCCCGGCCUGAAGCAGCCGCACGCCUUCUCCCGCGUCUUCGGCGUCGAGUACAAGAAGUCGACGGUGCACAACCACCACCGCGCCUGGCGCGAGCACCAGGCGCUCGUCAUGGACUGGCGGCAGCGCUACCCCGGCCCGGAGCACCUGCCGUCGUGGUCCGACUUCAUGCGCGCCGUCGCCGCGGUCGAGAAGGACCGCCGCGACUCGGGCUCGCAGGCCAAGGCGGCGGCGGCGGCGGGCCCGGACGGGUACGCGCAGGUGCGCGCGUUCGGGUCCCCGCAGGGCGGGGUGAUGAUGGCCGUCCAGCCCCCAGGGCUCGUGCGCCCGACGCCGCUGGGCGUCGUGCAGACGAUGGUGCCCCCGCCGCCCGUGAGGCUACCUCAGCCCGGGCUGGCGCAUAUGAGGCGGCCGGACGACCCGCAGAACCCUUACCUCGGUGCGUCUGUUCCGCGCGGUGGCUGGUUUGGACGCUGA